UGAUUGGCAGCCGCCCUGACUGUAGGAGCCCGCAACCGGCUGCUCACUUCUAUUGGAGCAAGAUGGCGGCGGUGCUCCCGUCUCCGAGCCCCGGUACCGGGCACGGUACGAGAACCAGCCCGCUGAAAGCACUAGGAGAACAGUUCUACAAGGAAGCCAUUGAACAUUGCCGGAAUUACAAUGCCCGGCUGUGUGCAGAACGCAGUGUCCGUCUGCCAUUUCUGGACUCUCAGACUGGUGUCGCACAAAAUAAUUGCUACAUUUGGAUGGAAAAGAGGCACAGAGGCCCAGGGGUGGCGCCAGGGCAGUUGUACACUUACCCUGCACGCUGCUGGCGAAAGAAGAGACGCCUGCAUCCCCCUGAAGACCCCAGGCUGAGACUAUGUGAAAUCAAGUUUGAAGGAGAAAUCUUGAAAAAGGAUGGUGUGUCAGCUGAAGGGACAACAUUGGAAGCUCUGCUUCGUGGGGAGGCACUGGAGAAAAGAAAUGACUCAAAAGAUGAUGAAGCCUAUAGUGAAAUUCAGAGAGUUUUGGACAAUGAGGAAAACAUAGAAGAUUUAGAAGAAGACGACUUGGAAGAUGAUAUUCCAAAAAGGAAAAAUAAACCCAGAGGACGGACACGUGGUGUUGGUGGCAGAAAAAGAACUGAUUCCACUGCCCAGGAAGACCAUGAUAAACCAUAUGUGUGUGACAAUAGUUACAAACAAAAGCAUAACUCAAAAACAUCUGACAAAGUCUGCGGCAAGCGAUACAAGAAUCGUCCUGGUCUUAGUUAUCAUUAUGCUCAUACCCAUUUAGCUGAUGAGGAAGGAGAUGAUGACCGAGAUUCGGAGCCUCAUUCGCCACCAGUCCUGAGAAGUGAAUGUCACAAACCUCGGAAAGGUCCAGAUGGGGUGGUAAUUUCCAAUAAUUACUGUGACUUCUGUCUUGGUGGGUCAAAUAUGAACAAGAAAACAGGCAGGGCUGAAGAGCUGGUCUCAUGCUCAGACUGUGGGCGCUCCGGAACCACAUCAUUAGGCAUGUGUUCUGAUGACAGAAAUAGAAUGACACCAGCGACCUUUUUGAUCCUGUUAAUUUGAAAGGAGUUCAUCAUUUGCAUUGCAAAGGUAUGUGUGCAAGACUUUUGUUUUUAAUUCACUUUUAAACAAAAAUUCUUAAGCAGAAUUGCAUGAUUUGCAGUAAUUGCUUUUUUGUCUUGUUGGCUUAACUCUUGUGGUCUGGGCAGGUUAUGUAUUCUAUAUUAAAACUGCAGAUGUAUUGUUUUGAAAUUUAUUAAUGCAGCACAUUUUGACCUGUAAGAAGACUCUCUAACACCAUGCAGCCUUCUAAACAAACAGCUCUCCUCUACCAUUCCUCACCACAGAAUUGCCUCGAUGCCGGUGGUUACCAUGCAAGCCAUUUCCUGGAAGGAAGGCCAGAAAUGAAUUGUGACCAUUUUCCCAUGGAAUUUUGCCUCUUUAGCAACUCCGUUAUGCGACUCAGACUCAGGAAGGCCCUGAGAAUGUGCAGUAUGAAGGAUGACUUCAUUGUGAAUUAGAUGUUUGUAUUUAUUAAACUGACAGAUAAGCUGCUCUCUAGCUUUUUGGAGGGGAGGGGAAUGUGUGGUAAUAUAUUGAAUAAUUCAUGUAUUUGGAAAUAUUGAACUUUACCCAAAAAAUCCCGACUAUUUUGUGUAAGUCUUAUUUUUCUCUCUCAAAAAAAUGCAUCAUUUUGAAUGAUGAAUGUGUUGGCUAGUUUUACUGAUGAAUUCUCUAAAAACUGAAAUCAACUCUGCUCAAUUUUGUUGUCAAAGCCAUUUGUUUGAAUCUCAGUAGGAUUGCUGCAAGUGGAUGUGGUAAGUGUCAGGUGUGUCUAUCAGAUGUCUGGAAGUCUAGUCAUUACUUUCUAUUUAUUGAUUAGUUUCACUGUAAUUUGCUGUAACCCCUCUCCCCAACCCUUUGUGAAAAAGUAUUGUCACCAUCAAGUGGAUGGUAUUGUUUGUUGUACAAUGUUAAAUGUAAAAAAAAUGUUCUUUAUAAACUGGAUUAAAAUGCUGCUGAGCUUAUAAAGUUUUUAUUUGAUAAAAAAAAAUAAACUGCAUAUUGGUCUCCCUUUGUCCAUUUUACGUGUGGCAUUUUUCCUUAAUUUCUGACUUGGUGUUUUGUGCGUAGCUUGAAUUUGCAAUUAAUGUUGGGUUGAAUUUUUUUUUGCGUUUGAUAAUUUUAUAGACCUGGUUAGUUAUGUAGCUGCAGCAUGUUAUAUAAUAGCUGACAAACUUAAUACUUAGUAGCCCUGCCCAGCAGCGAAAGGGUUAAUGUUUAGUUAAAAAGGUCUUAGUUGUUUUUCACGCGCUCUGUCCCAUUUUGCCCCCCUGAUCCCCCACAUACCACCAACCACUUCUUUCUCUCUCUGACUCUGUCUGUCUGUCUGUGUGUGCGUGUCUCUUUCUCUCUCUCUCUUCCCCCCCCGCCCCAUUUUUUCUCUCC